AAUCAGCUGACAUUUGCCAUUUGUUGACGUUGUAUAGUUUGUUUUUAUAAAAAUUUCUGAUAAAUUUUGAACAAAAAAUCCUUAAAAUGAGUGAAUUAUCUGCAGCUGAAGAGGAUCGUAUCCAAAAACGUGUUAACAAAAUUCUAGAAACUCGUCUAGACACUGACAAGGACACCUUGGAAGCUCUUGCCGACUUGUCAACCUUCUUCACCGAUAACACCCUCCAAAAUCGUCGUAAUCUUCGUAGUCAAAUUGAAAAACGUAGUGUCGGCAUCAAUGAAAACUUCCUCAAUGCAUUUCGUGAAGUUAAAUUAUCUCUCGAUGCUGUUUGCACUGAAAUUGAUACAAUGGCAAAUUCAGUGAGAACCAUGAAAGAAGAUUUAGAGAGUUCCAAAGCUCUGACUCAUGAUUUGAUUACUCAAACAAACUCUUUACAAGAAGAACGAAGUAAAUUACAAAUACAUCAACAAAUCGCCGAGGCAUUCCUCGGCCGUUUCCAAUUAAGUGUCCCCGAACAUCAAAUGUUGUAUGGAACAACGAGAGAUGCCCCAAUUGUUGGGGAUUUCUUUAAAGUUCUCGAUCGGGUGCAAGCUAUUCACUCUGAUUGUAGAGUAUUAAUGCAGUGUGGCUAUCAGACAGCUGCUUUGGAUAUUAUGGAAGAGAUGACAUUGCAUCAGGAAGGUGCUUUGGAGCGUCUUUACCGAUGGACACAAAAUCAUUGUAGGAACUUGAAUAACAACGAAAUUGGGGGUUUAGUUGUGGAAGCUAUGAACCGUUUACAAGAUCGUCCAGUUUUGUUUAAGUAUGUCAUCGAUGAAUAUGCCAUCUCUCGUCGGGCAGUUUUGGUCAGAAUGUUCAUCGAUGCUCUGACUGUUGGUGGGCCUGGUGGCAAUCCAAAACCAAUUGAAAUGCAUGCUCACGAUCCCAAACGAUACAUCGGAGACAUGUUUGCUUGGUUGCAUCAAGCAAUUCCAAGCGAAAAAGAGAAUCUUAUGAUUUUGGUUAAGAAAUGUGAUAAAAAUGAUUUAUCUGAUCAAAUUCAGACAGCAUUGGCUCAUAUUGCCGAUGGUGUUUGUCAUCCAUUGAAGGUUCGAGUUGAGACAAUUUUGAAUUCCGAGAAAGAUACGAUAAUUUUAUUUGCUUUGUCUAAUCUUCUUCGAUUUUAUCAGCAUACUAUCAAUCAGGUUGUCAAAGGAGGAGCUCUGGAACAGUGUAUCAGUGAACUUCAGAAAUUCAGCGAGCAGGUGUACCUAAACUCGUUGUCUAGCCAAGUAAAGACGAUUCUUCAGCGGCCAGCAUCUCAUGUAAUGGGCUUGGAACCUCCACAAAGAGAUCUAGUUCCACCAUCAUCCGUUGGACGUCUCUUAAAUAUCCUCAAGGAAAUACUUUCUGUGGCUACCAUGGUCGAUGGACGUCAGUCAGACAUUACUAAGAUCGUCUCUUGCGUUAUUGAUCCUCUCCUCCAAUCAGUGCAGGAGUCUGCUUCUCAUUUACCGACAGUCGAUAUGGCUGUUUAUCUUCUGAAUUGUCUCUAUCACAUGCAAAGUACUUUGGCUGUCUACGAGUACAUGGAUGAGAGAGUUGAACGUUUACAAGCUCAAUCUGAAGCUCAAAUGGAUACUCUUACAUCCGAGCAGGCUUCCUCGUUAGUUGCUAAUUUGAAUCUUGGCCCAAUAUAUACGAUUUUACAAAAUAAUCAAAACAAAAUUGAAGCGAAUCUAUUAAAGAUUUUCAUGAGUAAAAUGGAUGCAUUUUUGGAAAUGCCCGAUAUUUUGUUAUUGCCACAAAUUCAGUUACUCUUGUCGAGUAAUCAUCGAUCGACUGUGCAGAAGAGGGCAUUUAAUGUGAUUGUUACCAUUUACAAGCAAAUCUAUGAGAGGGUUCACGAUCCAGCAAAUGGAUUUGAAAAUCCUGAGACGAUUUUUUCGAAGACUCCCGAGCAGGUGUCGAGUAUUUUAGCAGUGUAGUUUGUGUGCAAUAAAUUGUAUUUUAGAUGAAAAGUUACAUAUUCAAAUAAUAAAACAUAAUUAAAAUUAUA